ACUUAAUAGCAUUAUGACAUCGUAACAACACAUCAACAUAAUUAUGUAAUUAUAAUUUGGUUAUACUGAUUUAAUUGAAAGGUAUUUUGGAUUAGCACUUUUAGUGUAUCUACUCUUUGGUAGUAAAAUCAAAAGAUUCUGUCUAUGGUCUUGAGAGCCAAUCAGCAUCAAGCAAUGAGCGCAACAAAACAACAAAAAAUUACUCUUCUGCACCAUAUAUACUAGUUGUUACUUUAGUUCCAUUAUUUAUUAUCAAUAUCAAUAUUGUGUGAAUUGAAUGGAAAUAAAAUAAUAUUAAAUUACUUUAUUCACAAAAGCAAGUUUAAACAGCAUAUAAAUGCAUAUCCAUUACCAACCUAGUCGAAAAAUGUAUUAUUAUGACCAUCGUAAAUCAUAUAGAAUACCAGAAUACGUUUUAGAAACAAUAUUUUCAUAUUUAAGCUUAUCUGAUAUACGAAAUUGUUCGUUAGUUUGCAAAAGUUGGUAUAGAAUUCUUAGUGAUGAGAACCACGAAAUAUGGAGAUAUCACUGUCAUAAAAAACUGGCAGAAGAAGUAUUGAGAUCCGAUCUACUAUCAUCAGUUAAAACCUAUAAAGCAAAACUUAGAGCACACUUCCACGCAUGGAGUCCUCGAGAUUGCUCUAGGAAUAUUCACAUAAAACCAAAUGGAUUCACUUUACACAGAAAUCCAGUGGCUCAAAGCACUGAUGCUUGUAGAGCCAAGAUAGGAUUUUAUCAUGGUCGACAUGCCUGGGAAGUUAUAUGGGAAGGACCUCUAGGAACUGUUGCUGUUGUUGGAAUAUCUACUAGAGAUGCACCAUUACAGUGUCAGGGUUAUGUGGGACUGUUAGGUUCAGAUGAACAAAGUUGGGGAUGGAAUUUAGUUGAUAAUCAUUUAUUGCAUAAUGGUCAAACCCAGGGCCACUAUCCACGACUCAAUAAUUGCCCCAAAUAUCAGGUAGGAGAAAGGAUAAGAGUUGUUUUAGAUUGUGAAAUUGGCACUUUGUCAUUUGAAAGGAGCUAUGAAUUUUUAGGAGUUGCAUUUCGAGGCCUUCCAAAUAGAAAGUUGUAUCCAACUGUAUCUGCUGUUUAUGGAAACACAGAGGUGUCUAUGGUGUAUUUGGGACCUCCAAUGGAUGGUUAAUAAUUUUUGGAUUAGAUAUGUUACCCCAAUUAACAGAGUGUGAUAUAAUUUAUCUUUAGUUGUGAUAGUUGUAUUGUUUCCGUUGAAAUUUUCAUUAUCAGGAGUACUUAAGUAUUAAUUCUAGUCAUUUUAACAAUUUUACAACAUUCCUAUUAAAUAAGAUGCUUUUUUUGUUGCCUUAAUUUUAUUGAUAUUAUGUAUUCUUUCAAACGAAGCAAAGAAUAUU